AGUUUCAAAGUGGACUUUAUUGAAGUUGUUUGUCUUUUUGAUGACUGUAUACAAGGAAAAUCUUUAAAAAAAUGUAUAUUUAUGAUUUACCAUAUGAAAUUAACCGUGAGUUAUGUAGAAUAUUGGAUAAUGGUGACGACUGGAAGGAAUUAGCCGAUAGAAUGGGAUAUAAAGCAUUCGAAAUUAUCGAAAUCGAACAGAUGGCUCGUAGAAAUUCUGUGUCUCCAACAAACCAAUUGCUCACAACAUGGGGUCAGCAAAAUCAUAGAGUCGGGGAACUAUUUAUAUCGUUGUAUCGCAUGGAACACAUACCGGCCCUAACAUGUUUAGUGCCUAUUGUGGAAAGUAAAUUUCAUGCAUUGUAUAAAAAGCUCUGUCCAAACGGAAUCAAGGAAAAAAACACUUCUGUUAUUGAAGAUAAAGCUAAUAAAAAGAAACGAAUACACUCUGAGGAAUCAUCGAUACCACUACCUGUUAAACUUAUAGAACAGGGUGUUCCUCUGCCGACUUCGAGCAAAGGAUUUAAUGGUACACCCACAGAUGAUGAGUCAACUGACUUGUCGACCUCAUCUCAAGAAAGUAAAGACAAUGACAUCAGAGCAGAGAUCAUGAGGAACGUAGCGGCUAUACCAAUGCUGCCCUACGACGAACUCAAGGAAGCUACAAAUAAUUGGAGUACCAAUAACAUGUUAGGACAGGGAGGUUUCGCUCAAGUGUUUAAAGGUGAAUGGAAACAGUUAACAGUAGCAGUGAAGCGGUUGCGUGCAGUAGACGCCCGCGACAGAGAACUAAUACGAGAAUUAUGUCUGAAUCAAUACAGGCACGACAACAUUGUACCUCUCUAUGGAUAUAGCUAUGGUGGUGCUGAAGUGUGCUUAGUGUAUCAGUUAAUGUGCGGUGGAACAUUGGACUACAGACUACGUAGAAAGGCAAACUUAGCACCUCUCACUUGGUCCCAGCGACACAGAAUCGCCCAUGGUGUAGCCAGAGGCCUUCAAUUUCUUCAUACGAUGUCUGGAACGCCUCUCAUCCAUGGAGAUAUAAAGCCUGCCAAUAUACUGUUGGACCAAUGUCUUAUACCCAAGAUUGGUGACUUUGGUCUAGCGAGGAAGGGACCUUAUGGCGAUAAUAGAACCCACGUCAAAGUGUCAAGGGUCCACGGUACCCGUCCAUAUUUGCCAGACGAGUACAUCCGCUCUGGCUGUCUCUCUCCCGCGGUGGACGUGUUCAGCUACGGCGUGGUGAUGCUGGAGAUAGCUACUUGCCUCAAACCCAUAGACAAUACAAGGCCUAUACAAAGACUCACCGAUUUCAUAAGGAUCGAAGCUGAUAGAGGCACUGAUACAGCGAUAUACGAAGAUCAUUCACUUCUUGGAACUCCGAAUUCCAACCCUCAAGUGUGCAGGGACUUCAUCAACAUCGGUAUACAUUGCACAAAGUAUGCAAGACACGAAAGGCCAAAUAUGCUAGAAGUGUACAAAAAAUUGAACUCUAUGGUCGUACCGGGGAAACCAUCUGUGCCAUAAAUUAGGUAUGUCAUCUUUUGUCUAAAUAUAGGAUAAGAAAUUAUGGUCUCUAAAUAGGUUUCGUUUUUUUAUUAUUAUUAGACAUAUAGUCCACAUGUCUAUACAGCCUUCUUUUUAAUACUUUUUUCGGUAUAUAUUAGAAAGGAAAUGUUUUUGUAAAUGUUUAUGGCAGAAUUAAAAAAAAUGUAGCUAUUAUUUGUUAAAUAUAAUGAAAUAUUGAAAUGUUUAUUUAAUUUUAAUUGAUUUCAUUAAGUAAGUAUAGAUAAUAACUUUUUAAAUGUUUUGACCUUCGUUAAUGUAUGGAAUCCGAGAGUUAUAUUUUUGUAAUAUUAUUUACAGAAUAGUAAUAUUUUUAUACAUUAGAAGUUAAGUUACAAGUAAUAUGUAUUGUGCUUCCAAUAGGAUUAUUAUUGAAAAUUAGGUUUAAAUACGCAUCGAAUGAAUCAAGAUGGAUGGACUAGUUAAAAAUGUAAACCCUCAGUCAUAUUAUAAUAAAGGUGUAAAUAAUUAUAUGAGAGCAUACCGUCAUAAAAGCAAUUCUAUACACGAUUUUUUCCUGUAUAUGCAUUGAAUAAGGUUGCUAAUUGAAUAACUACAAACCAUACUAAAACUUUGAAACAAGAAAUUGUUGUUUUUAAAUAUAUCUAUUUAAAUAUAUCACAAAACUAUUUUAAGUAUAUAGGUAUGUAACUGUUGAGUGAAAAAAAAAAUAUAAAUAUACUAAUAGUUUGUAUUUGUCUAAUGUCUUCCGUGUAAUGUUAUAAUCAUGUUGGUGCCUUAUAAGAAUAAAUGAUUUAUACUCAAUUUAAUAAAUGUUUAUAUAC